GGUAUCUAUCAGCGAUUUCAGCCCCAGGCUUGGCCCAUCACAAUCACUCUUCCUGUGCACUUGAGAACUAGCAGCAUCAAACUGAACUCGGCAGCCAGCGUCCGGAUCAGCCCUUGAGCCUUGAGGCCUUGGAGACUUAGGAGUUUUGAGAGCAAAAUGACAACACCCAGAAAUUCAGUGAAUGGGACUUUCCCAGCAGAGCCUAUGAAAGGCCCUAUUGCUGUGCAACCUGUUCCAAAAGUGACCCUCAGGAGGAUGUCUGCACCAAUUGGCCCCACACAAAGCUUCUUCAUGAGGGAAUCUAAGGCAUUUGGGGCUGUCCAGAUCAUGAAUGGGCUCUUCCACAUUGCCCUGGGGGGUCUCCUGAUGAUCCCCACUGGGGAAUAUGCACCCAUCUGUGUGACUGUGUGGUACCCUCUCUGGGGAGGCAUUAUGUAUAUUAUUUCUGGAUCACUCCUGGCAGCAGCAGAGAAAAACUCCAGGAAGAGUUUGGCCAAAGGGAUAAUGAUAAUGAACUCAUUGAGCCUCUUUGCUGCCAUUUCUGGAAUGAUUCUUUCAAUCAUGGAUAUACUUAAUAUUAAAAUCUCCCAUUUUUUAAAAAUGGAGAGUCAGAGUUUUAUUAAAGCUUCCAUGCCAUAUAUUAACAUAUACAACUGUGAACCAGCUGGGCCCUCUGAGAAAACUUCUCCAUCUACGCAAUACUGUUACACCAUACAAUCUGUGUUUUUGGGCACUUUGUCGGUGAUGCUGAUCUUUGCCUUCCUCCAGGAACUUGUGGUAGCUGGCAUCGUCGAGAAUGAGUGGAAACGCAUGUGCUCCAGGCCCAAAGCUAACGUGGUUCUCCUGUCAGCUGAAGAAAAAAAAGAACAGGCCAUUGAAAUAAAAGAAGAAGUAGUUGAGCUAACUGAAAUAUCUUCCCAACCAAAGAAUGAAGAAGACAUUGAAAUCAUUCCAAUUCAAGAAGAAGAAGAAACAGAAAUAAACUUUCCAGAACCUCCCCAAGAUCAGGAAUCUUCACCAAUAGAAAAUGACAGCACUCCUUAAACUAUUUCUUCUGUUUCUGCUUUAAGCAUUAGUGUUCAUAGCUUCUAAGAGACAAAUUUACCUUCAUUUCUUGAGGUACUGUGCACUUAUCCUCCACAUUUCUACGCGGUCUCAAGCACACAGUGGCCACAGAUCCUUCUCUCUCACAUUCAGAGAAAGUAGCCAUUCUAGCAGAUUGUGUUGUCUUGUUUCUUGUUUGGGGCAACUUUGUUACAUUGAAAAAAGGUAUAAUUGCUGCAGAAUGUGCUUUCCCACUAAACUUUUCCUUGGGUAGGCUUUUUAGUAGUAGCAGUAUUUUUUUUUUUUUCAUUUCUUCCAUCAGCAAAAGGGAGACUGUACCUGAUAUAUGACUGCCCCAAGCCAUCCCUAAACUAUCUUUAAUUCCUUCCACAUCUACAUUUUUGGUGGAGUCCCUUUUGCACUAUUGUUUUAAGG